GCAGCGUCAGUUCAACAAGCAGCGGUGGUGCAUCCAAACUAGAAAAAUGUUUUUAUGAAGUCAACCGAAUCCACCAAUCCAAAUACAUUCGCAUAUGUGUGUCAACUUUAAGGGCUUUUUUGAUUUUUUUAAACUUAAAGCGCAAUGGACAUCGCUUCGUAUUUACAAUGUUUUGAAAAGAGUCUGAGCUCAUACUCAGGACCCGACCCUCUGGAGCCAUGGGACAAGUUUGUGGAGUACCUGGAGCAGAGUCUACCCGAAGGCAGCGCCGGGAUGUCGCUGGUGUUCGACAGCCUCGUCCAGAGGUUUCUGAACGUUGAGCGAUACGCAGACGACGUCCGAUUCGUCAACUACUGCAUCAGAUGCGCGAGUUACUAUUCGGACCCCGUGGCUCUGUACAGCCACGUCUUCAGUAAAGGCGUCGGCACCAGGACCGCCGCCCUCUACGUGGCCUGGGCCAAGCACUUUGAAGAGAGGGGGAGGAGGGAGGAGGCCGACGCCGUCUACCAGAAAGCUCUGGAGAACCGAGCCCAGCCGGCCGACACGGUUCUCCACGAAUACAGACAGUUUCAGUCCAGAACCAGGAGCCAGACUCAGCCACCGGCUGGAGCUCAGGUCACUCAUCUAAUCAACCAGACGUCGGCUGCUCAGACAUCCCAUGACAAGGCGUCUCAGGAGCCUUCGUCCCAACCACCUGCAAAUAAAAUGACCAUAAUAGUUUCCCGCUCGGAGACGUCGGGGAGGAUCCAGAGCUCCGGGGCCGAGACCGUGUCCUCCUACAUGAAGGAGGAGCUGGUCUGUGAAGGGUCAGAGCUGUGUUUUGAGGAGGUGCGAGCGGAGAAGUACUUCCGUAAGAUCAGGGAGAAACAGGAGAAGGAGCAGAGGGAGAUCACUGAGAGGACGCUGAGGGAGCAGGAGGAGGGAAUCCUGAACAUUAAAUCCCUGCUGGAUAAAAUUAACCAGGAGCUGGAGAUGUGUGGACAGUUCACCGGACAGACGUCCUCUCAGAAGCCUCCUGUAGCAGAAGCAGCCAACGCUCUGAAUCCUCCUCGGCCCUCAGAGCGACUCAGCAGCCGACGCUCUCUCGGCUUGAGGUUACACACCGAGCCGACUUUCAUCCAGCAGCAGAGACCGGACGUAUCCCAUCAUGCCUCUGUCCUGGCGGAGAGGAACCUCCACCUGGUGAAGUCUGCAGAGCCCGUGGAGCAGGAUGCCGUCGUCUGGAGACCGGUCGUCGUCCCCGGUGACGGUCUCAGCAUCUCAGACCACUUUAAACUACAGGAUCAGAACAACACACAGCAUGACGUCCAGCAAACAGCAGCAGAGCCUGAGGAGAAACUAGACGUGUCACAGGGAGGCACAGCUAACCUGUCUCACGUCACUCCCAACACUUCACUGGGUUUCGUUCAGGCCACACCGUCACGGGUGCUGCCUUCGCCCACUGUCAACACCCGGGAAGCCUUGGGUGUGAUCAUGGACAUGUUCCAGGCCCCAACAUUUCUAGAGGAGCCGUUCAGCAACACCUCAGAGAACGAGUUCGACGCCAGAUGCUCGAGAAACAUGGGAGGCGUCUCUUCAUUAACGAAGCCCCCGACCACAACAACCCCGUUCACCGUCUUCCAGGACGAUAACGACAAAGAAAACAGCCGCGCUGCUCCGCCUCCUGUGACAGAGAAGCUGAAGCCGAGCAGAGCCCUGGCUGAGAUCCCCGCGGUCAAAGCAGACAAACCCAACGAGACGCCUCCCGGGGACCUGAUGCCGGACGAGAGCACCAUGUGGGGCGCUCGCUACAACUCCCUCCACUCGCUGGCGGCGUGUCCCAACAGCACCACCGACUUCGCCAUGCUCGCCGAGUUCGUCUCCACGCCGUUCACCCACAAGACUCCUCUGGGCGGCAACUUCUUCCAGGACCAAGAGAACAACUGUGGAGACGCAGAGGACGAAGACUUCAUCAGACGCCAGAGCAAAAAACUCAGUCCCAUCAUAGAACAGAGUCCGUGUGAUGAGUCUGCUGUCAGUAAACUGGUGGCGCCGUCCUCCCCCAGAGGGGGGACCAUCGUGGGUGAGGGCCUGGCCUCCGCUCACCACUGCCUCACCACCUCCUCCAUCACCAUGGUGCAGCCUCCCCCCCCCACCGUGCUCUCCUUCAGAGACCAGACCCUGGGCCCCGCCGACUCAGCCUCGGGGGGCUGGGAGGUCUACAAGAGCCCGGAGCAGCCCCCCAGACAGGGCCUGUCUCUGGUCCCGUCCCGGCCCAGGAGCGAGCCGUUUAAGAUCAGGGAGGACGUGGAGGACGCCGCCGGCUCGGAACCGGCCCGGGAUCAGCUGGGCGACGUCCCCAUGAGCCCGGAGUGUGCCCUCAAACCGGACUGGCUGGUCGUCAGGAGCCCCGAGGCCGUCGCAGAGACGGACCUGGACGCCUUCCUGAGCCCCCGUCGGCCCAGGACCCAGGACGUCCCCAUGAGUCCGGGGCAGCCGCCCCUCUUCGCCGACGUCCCCAUGAGUCCGGGGCAGAUGAGCUGUGUGGACGAGCCCAUGAUGAGUCCGGAUAGAGGCCCGAGGCCGAGCUCCGACGUGUCCAUGAAGACACCCGGGACGUCUGGGACGACCUCUGGGACGACCUCUGGGACGGGGACGCUCCAGCUGGUGUCAGAUCCCUGGGACAAUGACCUGAUCUCCCAUCUACUGUCCACUCUCACCCCUCCCCUCACCUCCCACCCCCGCUGCAUCACCUGGCAGUGCUCCCUCCCCAGCAUCAGCCCGAAGAUGACCAUCAGCAUGGGGAAGGCGUCCCUCCGGGUGGACUGUGUCCUCGGGGAGGGGGCGUUCGCCACGGUUUACCAGGCCACCGACCCCACCACCUCAGAGAAGAUGGUCCUAAAGGUCCAGAAACCGGCAAACCCCUGGGAGUUUUACAUCAACACUCAGCUGGACGCUCGGCUUCAGCCCGACGUCCGUCACCUCUACAGCAGCAUCCGCUCGGCUCACCUCUUCAGCAACGGCAGCGUCCUGCUGGGAGAGCUGCACAGCUACGGCACCCUGCUGAACGCCGUGAACAUCUACAAGAACCUGAGCGACAAAGUGAUGCCUCAGCCUCUCGUCAUGUACUUCACCGUCUGCCUCCUCCACACGGUGGAGCAGCUUCACGCCAUCCACGUCAUCCACGCCGACAUCAAGCCGGACAACUUCCUGCUGGGAGAGAGGUUCCUGGAGAACCGGUGCUUUGACGUGGACAGCGUGGACAGCGUGGACCACGGCCUCGUCCUCAUCGACCUCGGCCAGAGCAUCGACAUGGAGCUUUUCCCAGAAUCCACUGCUUUCACCGCCAAGUGUCUGACGUCGGGCUUCCAGUGCACAGAGAUGCUCAGCGGGAAACCGUGGAGCUACCAGACCGACUACUUUGGGAUCGCGGGGACCGUCUUCUGUUUGCUGUUUGGGACGUACAUGCAGGUCACCAGCGAGGACGGCGUGUGGAGGACCAACGGCGUAUUCAGACGGAACCCUCACAGCGACCUGUGGCUGGACUUCUUCCACUCCCUGCUCAACGUGUCGGACUGCCGGCCUCAGCCGAGCCUCCUGCGCCUCCUGCGCCUCCGCCUGGCCUCCGUCCUGCAGCAGAGCUACGGGGGGAAGCUGGCCUCGCUGAAGAGCCGCCUGGUGGUGCUGCUGCUGGAGAGCCGGAGGGCGCCAAGUACCCCCCCUCCACCGCUCACCCCUGAUGAUCAGUUUAUACCGAGUGUCUGAGCGUCUGGUUACAGUUUGUGUACAUUAAAAAAAAAAAAACCUGUUGCAUGUAGUUUUUAUACGGUUGAGUUUUUCUCAGCUUCUAAACUCAGAGACGUCUGAGUUUCUCUGGUCAACAAUAAACUUGGUGUUGAUGUGUA